UAGCCCCCUCGAACUUGGCAAGUACCACCUUCUUCGCCUCGCCUCGCCUCCGCCGCUUCCUCCUCCCUCGUGCUUGAGCUUGUGCUUGUGCUUGUGCUUGUGCUUGUGCUCUACCUCUGUCUCCUCUCAUUACCAUCGUUCUCAAGCAGAUUACCAUGGAUGUUGACGCCAUUGGAGAGCAUGCUGAGAAGCUCAAGGCCGUUCGAAUUGACAAUGACAAUGAUGAUGAUAAUGCUGUUGAUGAAGACAUUGUUCUAGACGAAUUCGAAGAUGACGACGACGAUGACGAAGAAGAAGAAGAAGCUGUCACUCUUGGUUUCGUUGAGAAGCCCAAAAAUGAAUGGUCUCUUGGGCGCCAAUUUUUCCCGAGCAAAGCUGGUGGAGUACCGGCUUGGCUUGAUCCCGUGGAUAUACCAUCAGGGAGGUCAUCAAUUUGUGACAUUUGUGGCGAACCUUUACAAUUCCUGGUUCAGGUUUAUGCACCUACUAAGAAGGAAAGUGCAUUUCACCGGAUGCUGUUUGUUUUCAUGUGCCGUUCGAUGAAAUGUCUUCUCAGGGAUCAGCAUGAACAGUGGCAACGCGAUCCAGAGAAGCCAUCUAGAAGUGUGAAGGUUUUCCGUUGUCAGUUACCUCGCUUUAAUCCUUUUUACUCGAGUGAACCCCCUAAGAAUGAUGGGAAUUACAAACCUUCUGGCGGUGGAGCUGCUUUUUGCAAUUGGUGUGGAACAUGGAAAGGAGAUAAACUCUGCAGUAGUUGCAGACAAGUGCGGUACUGCUCCGAGAAACACCAGGUAAUGAGUUGGCGCUCAGGUCAUAAAAUUGCUUGCCAGCAGAUGAAAGUUUCUUCAGCUAUUGGUGAAUCCAAUAAAAGUGGAGCCACUUCAUUGGAUUCUCAUAAAGUUGGAAGCAAGAAUGUGUGGCCUGAAUUUGAAAUCAUCAUUGAACAUGAAAGUGAAUAUAACACAGACAUUCCUGAGGAUAAUGCCUUAUCUAAUUCCUUGAUCUCGAAGAACAAGAUUGAUGACACAAUGAAUUCAAUUAUGGAUAGUUUUCAGGGUGAUGAUGACAAAAAGAGUUGGGUUUACUUCCAAGAACGCAUUGCCAAGGCCCCUGAACAAGUGUUGAGGUACUAUAGGGAUACAAAUGCGAAGCCAAUAUGGCCUGUUUCGAGUGGUCGGCCAUCCAAUGCUGAUAUCCCUAAAUGCAGUUACUGUGGUGGACCAAGGUGUCAUGAAUUUCAGAUUUUACCACAGCUGCUAUAUUACUUCGGGGUAGACAACGAAGCGGACUCUUUGGACUGGGCUUCAAUUGUGGUGUAUGCAUGUGAAGCUUCUUGCGAGGCAGGUUUGACUUACAAAGAUGAGUAUGCUUUUGUUCAACUUUUUUCACCUUCCCCUAAUACGAUACACUGAAAUUUUGACCUUGCCCUUGUAUUCAAAAUUUAAGAACUUUUUUUUGUUAAGACGUUUUAGAUUUGGGAGAAUAGGAACAUAUGUAUUUUUGUUGUAAUUUAUAGGCUUUUGUUGAAAAUUUUUUCUUUCAUUAGAAAUAGGCUAUUUUUUGUACAUUUGUAUUAUUUUUGGAGUUCCUACUAUA